UCCACAUAUGGUCUCCGUGUGCCCGCUGCUCGUGUCUCUCCGCCCAGUGCGUGAGUGUGGAUGAUAACAGUGGAAACUGGGCAGGGUCCGACACGUGACGCGCCGCCGCGAUCCUUUAAACUGCGCUUGGACUUGGAGUUCGCGUGACAUUUUCUUUCCCUCCGUCAGCGGGCCGGUACCGGAGGUGUUGCACAACUUUGGGAACUACGCGGUUGUUGUUGUUGUUGUUGUUGUGAGGACGCGAGGAGGGGGACGGCGCGACGUUUGGCUGGUUUUUUUUUCCUCUCCACGGAAUUCAGUAUCGUGAGCGCGGCGGCAACCGCGUGUUUGCGUCCCGGCGGCGCGCGACCACAGUCAACAUGCGUGGAUUGACGUGUGGCCCGAUGCCUCCCACGCACCCCGCUCUCCCGUGUUGAAGCGCAGAAAGGCUUCGCGCGUCUCGCCCGUGCCGAGGCGCAACCGUGGGUCACCGCCGCGCGUGAGGCUGGCUCUCCAUGGGGGGACUGGCGGAGAAACCCGCUCAUUGCGACCCGCUCUUUUGAGACAGCGAGACCGUGAAACCCACGAUGAGUCAAUACCACGACGGGAUAUCCCUGCCGGUGCCCUGUUUCGGAGUUUGCCCCAGCAGGGACAGCCAGGGCGGGGAGAGCCGCGGCGGUAGCGGCGGUAGCGGCGGCGGCGGCGGAGGACUCUUCGUUGUCCCCGCAGCCGGGACUUUCUGGCAGGACUCGGUGGUCUGCAGCCCGACCCCGGCGGGCGAUCCGAUGGAUGGCGGCGGCUUGCUGUCCGUCGGCAAGGCGUGCAAAAGCAGGCCGGUGACGGUGGCCUACGUGGUGAACGGAGAGGCGAGCCAGCAGAACAACGCCGAGAGCCUGGCCCUGCAGUGCCUGAAGGACGCGUGCGACGCGGCGGGCAGCCGGCUGGAGACGGCCAACUUUGGGAAACUGGACUUCGGGGAGACCACGGUGCUGGACAGCUUCUACAAUGCAGACAUCGCCGUGGUGGAGAUGACUGAUGCCUUCCGCCAGCCCUCGCUCUUCUACCACCUGGGAGUCAGAGAGAGCUUCAGCAUGGCCAACAACAUCAUCCUGUACUGCGACACCAACUCCGACUCCCUCCAGUCCCUGCAGGAGAUCAUUUGCCAGAAGAACACUACGUGCUCCGCCAACUACACCUUCAUCCCGUACAUGGUGACGCCGCACAACAAGGUGUACUGCUGCGAGGGCAGCCUGAUGAAGGGCCUGACGGAGCUCAUGCAGCCCAGCUUCGAGAUGCUGUUGGGGCCCAUCUGCAUGCCGCUGCUCGACCGCUUCAUCCAGGUGCUCAAAGUGUCCCAGGCCAACUCCCACCAGUAUUUCCGAGAGACGAUCCUGAACGAGAUCCGCAAGGCUCGGGAGCUGUACACCGGCGCCGAGCUGGCCGCCGAGCUGAGCCGCAUCCAACAGCGGCUGGACAACGUGGAGUGCCUUUCGGUCGACAUCGUCAUCAACCUGCUGCUGACAUACAGGGACAUCCAGGAUUACGAGUCCAUCGUGAAGCUGGUGGAGACUCUGGAGAAGCUGCCGACCUUUGACCCCAUGGCCCAUCCGCAUGUGAAGUUCCACUACGCCUUUGCACUGAAUCGGAGGAACCUGCCCGGCGACAGGCAGAGGGCUCUGGACAUCAUGCUGCCGCUGGUGAAGGACGAGGAGCAGGCGGCCUCGGACAUCUACUGCCUGGUGGGGCGGAUCUACAAGGACAAGUUCCUGGAGUCUCACUUCACGGACACGGCGAGCAGAGACAGCGGCACACACUGGUUCAAGAAAGGCUUCGAGUCAGAGCCGACACUACACUCUGGGAUCAACUACGCCGUCCUGCUCCUGGCAGCCGGACACCAGUUCGACGCGUCUUUUGAACUCCGCAAAGUGGGAGUGAAGCUGAGCAGCCUUCUGGGGAAAAAAGGCAGCCUGGACAAGCUGCAGAGCUACUGGGACGUGGGCUUCUUCCUGGGCGCCAGCAUCCUGGCCUGCGACAACACCCGGGUCAUCCAGGCCUCGGAGAAGCUCUUCAAACUCCGAGCCCCCAUCUGGUAUCUGGGCUCUCUGGUGGAGACCAUCCUGAUCUACCAGCAGUUUAAGAAACCCGGCGUGGAGCAGCCGGCGCCCAAGCAGGAGCUGGUGGACUUCUGGAUGGACUUCCUGGUGGAGGCCACCAAGAAAGACGUCUCCUCUGUCCGAUUUCCUGUGUUGAUAUUAGAGCCCACUAAAGUGUACCAGCCUUCGUAUUUGUCCAUAAACAAAGACGUGGACGACAACACGGUGUCUAUCUGGCACGUCGCUCCUGAUGACAAGCAAAAGGGGAUUCACGAGUGGAACUUCAGCGCCACGUCAGUACGAGGUGUCAGCAUCUCCAAGUUUGACGAGCGCAGUGCCUUCCUGUACGUGCUGCACAAUGCAGAGGACUUCCAGAUCUAUUUCUGCACAGAGAUGCACUGUAAAAGAUUCUGCGAUCUGGUCAACAGCAUAGCAGAGGAGGCCUGGAAGGGUCCCGAGGAGGGAGACUGUGACAGUGACGCCUUAGAGUACGACUACGAGUACGACGAGCACGGGGACAGGGUGGUUCUGGGAAAAGGCACAUUCGGCGUGGUGUACGCGGGCCGAGACCUCAGCAACCAGGUCCGACUGGCCAUCAAGGAGAUCCCAGAGAGAGACAGCAGGUACUCUCAGCCGCUCCACGAAGAGAUCGCUCUUCACAAGCACCUGAAGCACAAGAACAUCGUCCAGUACCUGGGCUCCAUCAGUGAGAACGGCUUCAUAAAGAUCUUCAUGGAGCAGGUGCCCGGGGGGAGUCUUUCGGCACUGCUGAGGUCCAAGUGGGGCCCGCUGAAGAACAACGAGCACACCAUCGGCUUCUACACACGGCAGAUCUUGGAAGGCCUCAAAUACCUGCACGAGAACCAGAUAGCGCACAGAGACAUCAAGGGCGACAACGUCCUCAUCAACACCUACAGCGGCGUGCUGAAGAUCUCCGAUUUCGGCACAUCCAAGAGGUUGGCUGGGAUCAAUCCCUGCACGGAGACUUUCACAGGCACAUUGCAGUACAUGGCUCCGGAAAUCAUUGACAAGGGUCCUCGAGGCUACGGCAAGCCAGCGGACAUCUGGUCUCUGGGCUGCACCAUCAUAGAGAUGGCAACUGGGAAACCACCCUUCUAUGAACUGGGAGAGCCGCAGGCCGCCAUGUUCAAGGUGGGCAUGUUUAAGAUCCACCCGGAGAUCCCGGACUCCAUGUCGCUGGAGGCCAAAGCCUUCAUCCUGCGCUGCUUCGAGCCGGACCCGGACCACCGCGCCACCGCCCUGGACCUGCUCACCGACGAGUUCCUCACCGUCACCAGCCGCAGGAAGAAGGGCAAGAACAGCUUCACAGCUCUGUCACCAGGGACCGAGUACCUGCGCAGUAUCUCCCUGCCGGUGCCGGUGGUGGUGGAGGACACCAGCAGCAGCAGCGAGUACGGCUCCGUCUCCCCUGACAACGACCUCAACACCAACCCCUUCAUAUUCAAACCCAGCGUCAAGUGCUACAGCGAGAGGGAUGUCAAGGGGCCCAGGUCCCUCUUCCUCAGCAUUCCGGUCGAGAACUUUGAGGACCACAGCGCGCCGCCGUCCCCCGAUGAGAAGGACUCGGGCUUCUUCAUGCUCCGCAAGGACAGCGAGAGACGAGCCACACUGCACCAAAUCCUGACGGAGGACCGGGACAAGGUGGUGUCCAACCUGAUGGAGGCCCUCAAUCAGGGCUCCGAAGUAUCGAAGCUGAAGCCUCAGCACAUCUCCACCCUCGUGGUCAGCCUGGCCGACUUUGUGCGCAUGGCGGACAGGAAAAUCAUUGCCAACACGUUGUCUCAGCUCAAGCUGGAGCUGGACUUUGAAAGCACCGCCAUCAGUCAGCUGCAGGUCGUGCUGUUCGGCUUCCAGGACGCCGUAAACAAAGUGCUACGAAACCACAACAUCAAGCCCCACUGGAUGUUCGCUCUGGACAACAUCGCCCGCAAAGCCGUGCAGACGGCCAUCACCAUCCUGGUGCCAGAGCUGAGGCCUCACUUCAGCCUGGCCUCCGAGAGCGACGCGGCCGAGCAGGAGGACGCCGACGACGACGGCGGCGGCGGCGAGCCGGAGGGAAGCUCCGCCCACCCAAGCCGGGCGCCCGCCGCCGUCGCCGCGGCCGCGGCUCACGACGACACCGUGGCCACCUCCGGAGUCAGCACGCUCAGCUCCACCGGCUCGCGCGAGUCCCACAAUGCGCAGCGCUCCGUGAGCAUGGAGCUGGGCCGGAUGAAGCUCGAGACCAACAGGCUGAUGGAGCAGCUGCUAGAGAAGGAGAGGGAGUAUCAGGCCAUCCUGCAACAGGUGCUGGUGGAGCGAGAGCAGGAGAUCAAACUACUGAAGCUGCGAACUGAGCCCACAGCAGACGUCCCGCCAUCGUCAGGUGUCCCCGAGGGACCGAGGAGUCCACCUGCAGAGAGACUCGAGGACUCAGAGGUGACCAGCUGGCUCCGGCUGUACGGCGCCGACCAGGACUCCGUGGACCGAAUACUGAACGAGGAGUACACGCUGAACAACAUCCUCCACGAUGUGACAAGAGACGAUCUGAAGGGUUUAAGACUGAGAGGCGGGAUCCUUUGUCAACUAUGGAAGGCCAUCACAGAUUACAGACAGAAGCCAACCUGAGGCCUUAAGUCAACGACCACCACUCAGAAAAAAGCCCAAACCUUCGUCUCAACUGCUCGGUUUUCUCCUCAUACCUCAGUAUUUGUAAGAGCGGGGAAGGAGAAGGAGCCUGGAUGGCUGUGCGUGCAGAGCAGCUCACACACUCACACGCUCUUUGACCGGCCUCAUCAGAGUGUUUGCCCUUUGGAGAGCAUCAAUUACUGAGAAGUGCCACUAGUUUUGCUAUGUCUGAUGGACGUCACACAGCUUUUUGUUACAGGUGCGCUAAAAGAAUUAUAACUCGUGAGAACAUCUAUUGUUAAAAUGUUAAAAGCUGUCAAAACAUGUUUCUCCUGUCUUUACAAGAUGUAAUGUUUACAAAAUUAGAGACUUAACUGUUUUCUAAUACAAGCCUGAGAUACAAAAUACUACAUUCAAAUUCUGUUUUAAUGUUUUUAUCAAAGGUCUCUUAUCACUACUUUAUUUAAGUGUCUUAAUCUUAAUUUAAUUGCCAUGGUAAUCUGAAGGGCACCCUUGUUUUUUUUAUCGAUACUGAGACUUAUUUAAAUAGUUUUUCUCUCAUUUCCUUUUAUAAUACAAACCUGCAUUUUUAUUUUUCAUAAAUGUGUAAAUAUUGUGUUAUAGAAUUAUAUGUGAAUGACAUUUCUGUACUUUUAAAAUCACAUCGAUAAACAUAAUUAAAUUGCCACGAGAAUUGGGCCACGUCUGUAAUGAACACAUGAUAAAUGAACUGUAUAGCAUUGUAUUUUCUAGUGUCAGAAAUCUUGGGAUAUACAAUAUUCAGUAAGUAAUUUAUAUUACAUUAAAUGGUUUGCUCUGUUUUCAUUUUUUUUUGUACACUGACAAAAUUGUGCUUAUCCUCUUGUAGAUGUGACCAGCAAUCAGGUGUAUGUUGUAAUGCUAUUAUCUCCCAAAGAGCCUUGACCUUCUGAUGUCCAAAAUGGGGAACAUAUUCAUGAACAGUGUGUUCGUUUUGUUUUAUAUUUAACAUUAUUCACGAUUUUUGUGUCAUAAUAAAAUAAAAUAUUGAAACUGUGAAAGAAAUGUAUAUUUUUUUUUAUUUAAAGAAGAGUCUGGGUGCAAAGGUUUAUCUCUACUUAUAUAAGUUACAGCACUAAUUGAAAUAUUAGUGACCUCUGGAGCUUAAUCAUUUUUAUAAUUUCUCCAUUUGCAUUUAAGGUUAUAUUUCCAUUUUAAUACCACGAAUUGGAAAAAUAGUUUUACUUUAUUUUUUUAGAUAAAAUGGAAAGUCGCAUUAUCUUUAGUAAAUACACGGCUGUGCACAAAUACUGUAUGAGGCAAAAAGAGGUUCCUGUCACGUCAUAAAUGGCACACAAUAACCUGAAAAGGUACCAGUUUGGCCGCCAAACGCAUUUAAAUAUUUCAGAGUAGCAAAUUGCUUUAAUUCCACAACAUUUCAAAAGAAACGAUGUAGCUUUCACAGUGUAACGGACUGUUGUUGUCAUGUUCUUGGGCGGCGUUGCACUUUACAGAGUUUUGAGAAGUUCAGUGAAGAGCGCACUGAAUGCUCUGUCCGACUGUUACGUCACUCAUCUUAGUGCCACCUAUGGGGAUGUGUUGUGGUGAUGUUGGAGGAUGGGGUUAAGUGAGAGGACGCGGGAAUUGUUGUUGUUUUGGAGAGCGAUUGUGUGUUUUUGUUCGGCGCCGACAGUAGCCUGUUUCUCUACAAUAAAAUCAGAAGAUGAGCACAUUGUCCAGAGCUUUAUUAGCGAGAGUCGCUACAAUACUUUGACUUAAUCUUAUGGACAAUUCAAUGUGCAACUAUUAAAAUCACGUUCUAAUGUAGAUGAAGGGCCUCACAUGAACGAAAACA